AGAAUCCAGUUUGGUUGUUGUGUAUCGGUGAGUUAGUUGUGUAUGUUUUUUACAGUGUCAGUUUUAUUUCCGCCGAGUUGUUAAAUAAAUACAGUAAUUUGUGUGUGAAAAAAAUCUUCAUUGACUUAGUGGAUGAUGAGAUUGUGUUUUUGAAUAUUUGUGUGUUGUCAACAAAGACCUGGAAACGGUACAAUGGGUCCUGUUUUAAUACUUCAAGUAUUUCUGGGAGUCGUUGCACCGGCUGUUGCUAAGAUCGGUAUGGGCUUCACGAAAUACCCAGAAUCAGUGACUGCACCUGUCGGGGAUGAGGUCGUCUUCGAGUGCGCGGUGGAGGUACCCUGUGAGAGACUCACGUGGAGGUGGAAACCUGAACACGAGGAAAGCUGGAGAGAUGUGGAGGGUACUAGUGACAAUGACAACCUCUCUACACGACUGGUGGUCGAUGUUAAAGAAGAUACCCCUAAUGCGUUAUAUCAGUGUGUAGCGUGGUACGGAGCUAUUAGCGUAGCAUCCAUCCCGGCUCGGCUGGCGAUCGCGAAGCUUGAUUUGAGCAGGAACAUAGCAGAGAAGCGAGUGAUAGCCGCUCCUUUGCACAAUACAGUGGUGCUGCAUUGCAAGGAGCCGUUCUCUGAACCACCUGCUGUGUUAAACUGGUGGAAGGAAGACGGAAAGACAAAAAAGCAACUAGACACACCACACGGUGUAUUAGUACUGCACAACGUGUCUACAGCCGACAGCGGUGAGUACGGCUGUACUGCAACCAAUGAACUGAGCGUGCAGACUGUAGACCUGCCGGAAAGGACCUACUUGAAGGUCCAGCACGAAGGGAACGGCCAAGAGAGAUUUAUAGAGACCGAAGACUAUGUGGGUACUAAGGAUUCUGAAGGCACUCUAACAGUGUCUGUGAAGAUAGACGGCGCCUUACGCUUGUGGUGCGGCUCAGUGGGCACUCCGCCGCCGCGUGUCACUUGGACCAGAGAUGGACUCAAACUGUCUAACAGAGAUGCGUUAUUUAUACAGCCGUUUACUGUACGAGACGAGGGUGUUUACUCCUGUUCCGCUAAUGGUAUCCGACGGUCAUGGAAGGUGGUGGCAUUAUUCCCCCCACAUUGGGAGGGGACAGCUGACAAUGUGAAUGCUAGCGAAGGAGCCAGUGCCAGGGUCACCUGCGGCCUGCCGUAUGGACAACCAACGCCCACUGUUCAUUGGCUGCUAAACGCUGAACUGAUGAGAAACGGGAAAGGAAUAAAGAUGAACGAAACGGAUCUGUACAUCGAGCACGUGGAGAAGCGCCACGCGGGCAUAGUCCAGUGCGUGGCGUGCAAUUCGCUGGCCUGCGCGUUUGACGCGGCCAUGCUCACUGUCGUACCUGUGCAGAUAUCUGAUCAGGAGUAUACGGCGGAGACGCCAAAAGUCCACGUGCCAUCUCAGCCACCGAAACGACACAAUAAGAAGAAUCCGAGAAAACACAAAGCUGUGAUGAUACCUCCGUCGCGGCCCAAUAUCACGCGGAUGUCAGACGAGAGUGUCAUGGUGUCAUGGUCCAACGUUAAAGAGGGACUACCUAUACAGUUUUUCAAGGUGCAAUACAAGGAAGUGAGUAACUCCAGCAACUCCAGCGGGCAGUGGCACACCGCUAACUACGACAUACCUUCUUAUAUCCACGCCUUUGAGAUCGACGGAUUAUUACCCGAUAGAUUUUACAAGUUCCGUAUAGCGGCUGUAUACUCCAACCAGGAUAACAAGUUAGGUCGCAGCAGCGCUCGCUUCUAUCUGCAACGCGGCGGCCAGAGCCCGCGUGCGCCCGUACUGAGCAAGGCGACUGCCACCUCGCCGCACAGUAUACAAUUGGAGUGGACUUGGUCUAGGUCCGGCGGCGUGGAGGCGGACGGUUUCUACGUGUACUACCGCGCGGUGUCGUCGGCGGGCGAGUACAACAAGGUGUCUGCGGGCAACGCGCGCGCGCUGCGCCUCGACCACCUCGCGCCGGACACCGCCUACGAGCUGAAGGUGCAGGCUUACACCGCACACGCGCCCUCCGACUUCAGUGCGAUACUCGACGCGAAGACACAUAAGUCCUUAGUGCCAGCAGUAGCCAGCAGUACGGAGGGUGCGGGUGCGGGGGGUGCGGCGGGUGCAGGGGGUGCGGCGGGCGCGGGGGGUGCGGAGCGCGCGCCCGCCGCGCUGGUGACGGCGGGGGGCGCGCUGGGGGUGGCCGCCAUACUGCUCAUACUGCUCGUCACUCUACUGCUCUGCCGCCGCGCUAAGAGACCCAGCAAGGAAAAGGUGUCAGCACCGGACACGGGUAGUAACGGCUAUGUACCAGCGAAGGUGCCGAUUACUAUCACUGCCAACCCUUUACAUGCCGAGGGAGGUGAAGCAGGCGUAGAGAUGUCAUUCCUCCAUAACAACAACACGGGCAGUAGCGAGGAAACACCACAUUCGAGGAAGAACGGCCCCGCGCGGCAAUACGUAUAGUUAUAAACCUUAACACCAUACUAAUAAAGUCUAUAUUGCUUUGACAGUGAAUUGUGAUACGACCGUUUACAACAGUACAAAAUAUUUAUUACUCUAAUAGUAAAGAGUGUAUAAGGUAAAGGUAAAUAUCCAAUGAAUGGAAUGUGCAAAUUCAAUUUCCAGUACGGAAAUGUGUACAGUGUAACAUUACCCUUAUCAAUCGUGAUUUCCAGUGGAAACACACCUUAUUAUUUAUUACUGACCUUGUUAUUGUACUUAGGUACCUGUAUAUCGUAAAAGAUUUAGAAAUAAAACUAUUUUUAACGGAGACAUAUGUAUUGAUAAAAUAGGUACUGAAGAAGACUAGAAAAAAGUGAUGACGUCGACAAUGUGUUCUAAUUUUGAAUUAUUUAAUUUCUUCUUCUUUUCUAAUGGCUUGUCUCUAGUAACGUGUAAAAACUCCUUGAACAGUACCU